AUGUGCUUCACCCAGAAGACCAUUUACACAGUAUGUGCCCAUUCCGCAGUUGAGCUGAUCGAGUGCAGAAAGUUCCUCAAAAACAAAAACAAAACUGACCGCAAUGCUUGCAUCGUACCUCUCUGCCAGCACACCCAGGCCCUGGCCACCGUCCUAGGCUUCUGCCAACGCUGCGAGGUGUUUUAUAGAGACAGUGACGUUUCCUCCGUCAGCGCGUCGGAACUGCUCGAAAACUACUGGAAGUUCAAGGCUGUAAAGAAAUGGCACCGCCCCGUCGAUCCCUUCAUGGUCCCCUCCUCGGCGCUUACAGAAACGAGCAUGGAGCUAUCCUCAUCAUGGUACACCUUUGCGCGAAAUGGAACGGAACUCAGCAAAGACAUGGUAAUGGCUGCUUCCGUGCAGUCACUCGUCUAUGCUCUUGGCGAGCCUAUAACACACCCUUCGUGCGAUCUGUGUCGGAGGAAACAUCGCACGGAUGUCUGUCGGAUGGCAGUCGGUGGACAGAGGGCGACUGUUAGUUGGGCC